GGGGGCUUAAAGAAACAAAAGGAAACCAGCUGCAGAACUUCCUGAACAGGGAAAGAAAGAGUGAGUGAGUGAGUGUGAGAGAGAGAGAGACAACGAGCGAGCGAGCACUAAAUAACAAGAUUAUUAAAAGGCAGGGCGAGGGAAGGGGAGAAAAAGGAGGCUUGGCAGGCAGGAGAUCGGAGCCUGCCCUGGGUUCAUUUUCACCCACCAUGACCAGUGCGAUCUUGAGGCGGAAUUCCAGUAAGCAGGGCUUGCAGAAUCUCAUAAGGCUGACAGCACAAUGGAGUGUGGAGGAUGAGGAGGAAGCCGCUAGAGAGCGGCGCCGACGGGAACGUGAGAGACAGCUGAGGUCCCAGGCAGAAGAAGGUCUUAAUAACAAUAGCACAUCUUCUGAGAGUGGAGUGUCGGUACAAGAAAGCCGGAUUGAUGGCAAGCCAUCUGGGACUUCAGAACUGGAAGAGGACGAGGGCUUUAGUGACUGGUCCCAGAAGCUUGAGCAGCGCAAGCAGAGAUGGGCAGGAGAGGGGACACAAGAAGGAGAACAAACAUGCCACAGUGAAUGGAAAGAAACCCAGCAGCCCACACCUGCCCAGUGGGAAGGAAGGUCACCAAAACAUUCCUGUGAAGAAGAGGACAGCAGUCUGACAGGAGCAGAGGUCAAGCUGGAGCAAGUUCAUCUGGAUCAAGAGUCUCCCACCAUCAUCCAAUUUGUGCCUGGGCCUUCCAACUUCCUCAAGUUUGUUCCUUCUUCCCCAUCAUAUGAUCACUCUGAAGUAGAAGCGGAACUGGAGGAGAGGCAAAAGCUCAGUGAGGAAGUGGAGGAGAUCCAGGAGGCUGAUGAGGAGAUCCAGGAGGCUGGGAAUCAGGGCCACUAUGUCACAGAAGACCAUGAGCACCAAGAAGAAGAAAAGCAGGAGGAGAAGAAGAGAAGAUGGAACGAAGAGGAAGAAGCGCCGGAAAAACGACAGAGACCUCCAAGCAUUUCCAGCCUGGAGGAAGAAGAGGGCCAGCCCCCUUUGAGUCCUACAACAAAGAUCACUGACCGAACUGAAUCUCUGAACCGCUCCAUACAGAAAAGUAACAGUGUGAAGAAGACACAGCCACCACUUCCCGUUUCAAAGAUUGAUGACAAACUUGAGCAAUACACUCAUGCAAUUGAGACUUCCAGCAAGACCCCCAAACCAGCUCGUCAGCUUUCUAUUGACCUUCCUAGCAAUACUGUAGCAGUGGCCAGCACAAAAAGUCUCUGGGAGACGGGUGAAGUUGUGGCUCAAUCCCCUGUGAAGACAACGCCCUGCAAGGACAUUGUGGCUGGAGACAUUGUGAACGUGAGAAGCAUUUGGGAGCAAAAAGACAGCCCCAAAACAGAUGGAAAUGCUAAGGUUAAACUUCCUGGCAAGAAGUACAAGUAUGUGGCAACUGGGCAUGGCCAAUACAAGAAGGUGUUGAUAGAAGAUGAUGGGGCAACAGAAAAAUAGCCUGCCUAGGCCCCAAACCCACAGCUUGGCUUGGUCCUACUUUGACAGAUAACCCGAGGCAAUACUCCUGCGCAAUGCUGAUGUUUUCUCUGCUAAAAGGGAACUAAACGCAAAGGACAUCUUCUCUUCCAGUUUCAAAUGGGCAACCUGCUUCAAAACCAGCUGCCGAUUUCUUCGCAGAUGAGUGCAUCUCUCCAAGCUGACUUCAGUUGGACUUGGACGACGAUGCAGCUGGCAAUAACUUCUUAAAAGAACUAGAUUAUUGGGCUUUUCAUUCUGUUUGAGAAAUUGAUGUGUCUGCUAUUCUGUGCCCUUCAGCUUUUCUGAACUUGGGGGUGGGGGUGGCGGGCUUUACUUUCCCUAGCCAGGUCUAGGGGUUCUAUCUCUAACCAGACCAGAACCAUCUGUAUUCAUUAACAACUUUUGAUGUGGGAGCAAAAAAUAAAUAAAAAUAAAAUGAAGCAAACAUGGAAGGAGAGCAGUAAGGAAGCCUACAGCGGAUUCCAAGAAUUUUCCUACCAUCCAAGACUUCAAAAUGGCAACACAUACCAGUGCCUUAACUCAAACAUGCUUUUCGAUGGUGGGGAGGCAUUUCAUCUCGUAUCACUGCUGUGCUGAUUUUUUUUUAAUAAGUGAGGGGGAAAUGGCACAACUAUUAUGAAUCCAAUGAUCUUGCACAUCUGAUGGGUGUCACAUUGGACUAUUCUACUUAAAGCCCAUCCAUGGUAUUUCUUUUUGGAGUGACUUUUUUUUUAAAUAGAUGACAAUCGGAGAUGAGAUAUUCUACCUUGUGGCUGUUAUCUCUAUGAAGGUGUGUUAUCACAAGGUAAAAUACAUAUCUCUUCUCUCACCCUUUCAGUCAGGAUAAUUAGCACCUGGCUAAAAAGCACUUGAGGAAUCUCUCCCUGUCCCAACAAGUGCCUGUUGUUAAUAUGAAUAAACCCAGAAAUCUCCAGUUCUCUUCCCGCUCAUAUGAAUGAACCCAGAAGCUUCUCUUAUUCAGGCAUAUACUCUUCCUCCCUAAGGUACAAACGUUCAGCUGAGCAGUAAAUUAUUUCCUAAAGUUUGCUGAGGCAUAGGUUUGAGGACUGAUAUAAGAAACUCUUGAGCUUGAAUUAAUGCCCAUAGCACAAAGCAGCCUCCUUCCCUCAUACCUGAGCUAUUGUGCCUCAAAAGGUCGUGGUGGCGCUAGGGAAUUUACCAGGUUUCUCUGUACAUUUGAUAUUAGAACGAAGGGGUGACAGCUCCCAGUGACCAGCCAAAAAUGGCUGCCAAUACUUGUUUAAUAAUCCCAUGUGACUUUCAACCUUUAGCCCUGCAAAUUUAAAUAUUACUUGCUUCCUCCACCCUCCUUCUGCAACAAACAAGCAAACACAAAAUGGCCACCAUAUCUUGCUUCUGUUCUUCUAAGAUUGGAAUUUUGCUUCUUAAGUCUAGAUUUCCCCCAUAUUUCCCUAAAUGGUUUGCUUUCACCUGUUUAGCUUUUGUGCGACCUGGAACUGUUUUGUAAGCAUUUAAUAAAAAUUCUAAGAAAGAUAA